AAAAUUCAUAAUGAGUAGUCCAAAGCCUAACCAAGACUCUCUAAACAAAGAUCUUAAGAAAAAGAAGAAGAAAAAGUUCACCAGGUUCAACCCAACAAAGCAUGUUCAGGAGAAAAAGGUCAAUGAAGAUGUAAUAUUAGCUUCAGGGUCUAUGGUAAUAAAUAGCAAGCCAGGAAGCCUUGUGGCUUCCCAACCUCUACGGAACAUCGGAUCUGAGGUAGCCAUCCUCCAGCACAACGGUGAGAAGUUGUCUAAAUAAACUCUCCAAAAAGAAGAAAACUCUGGAAAAGGUCAAAAAGGAAAUCAGUGAGAAAGAGACUGAGAUAAAAUAACUUAAUGAUCUUCCCUCCCAAGCCGAAGGAUUACCUCCGUGGGGAGGUAGACAGCGACAAGGAAGAGACCAAUGAGCAGAAAAUCCGGGAAAUAAAGACACUGGAAAACCGAAUCGAGAACCUUAUCCCAAAGUACAACUCAGUCGUCGUUGAAAACCGCAUGAUCAGGGAGAAAAUAGAUGCGUUAAGGAAGGAAAAGAAUUUCUCGUGGCAGGAAAUCUAUGAAAAUCUUGAAAAAGACCUACAGAAGAAGAAAACCGAGAUGAGCACCUCCAUCAUGAAAGCAGAGAAAGCAUGCAGAGAACGAGAGCUCAUUAAGGAAGAGAUCCAGAUGCUCAAGCUUCAAGAUGAGGAAGAAGAGAAGGAAUACAAGAAGAAAGUUGAAGAACUUACUAAGUAUAUCAAGAAGGAUAAACAGGUCCUGGAUUACCUUAAGAAGAAGAAAGAAUUAGAGCAAGCAGACAGAGAUGAAACUGAGUCAAAGAAACCUUCAGAAAAAACAGAUCUUAAGAGCAGGAUUAGAGCUGAGAAGAAUAUUAGGAAUAAGGUCAUCGAUAAAAUCAAUGAACUUUCACCAUGUAUUAACGGUAUUGAGUCUAUUCAUGAAGAUGGACUCCCCGAAAACAAAGAUCUAGAAGCUUUAUUAGAUGAAAGAAAGAGGAAGAAGGAAGCAUCAACUAAUAACACAGAGCUUGAGAAACUUCAAGAGACUGAGAAUCAGAACUUUCGACUUAAUUACUUCGUGAAUGAGCUGAAAGAAGAAUCUGAGAAAAUUGAUCAAGAAAUCGAAGAAAUCAAACAACAAAUCAGAGAUACGAUCAAUAAUGAUUCUGACCAAAUUGACACAAUGUAUCCUGAGAAUCAAUCUGAAAUCGAAUCUGAGGUCAAAAUGAAGAAUACAUCCAUCCUGAAGGACAACAUUUUUGAUGAAGAGGGCAACCUCCUUGAAGAGCCUAGUAGUAUUCUAAACAGGAACACCAUUCCUCGAAGUGAAACUUCUCGAACUGAAGAUAAGACUCAGGUUUCAAAAAUGCAGAACCAAAAUAUCUAUGAUGCUGGCUUUCAAGAAGAGCUUGCGAAAGCUCAACAGGAAGAGAGUAAUUACCAAAGAAGGAUAAAGGAAGCUGAUAAGACCAUUGAUUCACUCAAAUUAGGAAUCAAGAGCAUAUAUGAAAGAAUAGGCAUUGAUAAAACUAACUCUAAUGAAGUACUCAAGGGCUAUAGCAUCUCUGAAGGCAACCUGAUGGAGUACUUGAGACUCAUUGAGAAUAAUACUACAGAACUUGUCAAUAUCUUCAACCAAAGCAAGAAUAUAAACGUCACCAAUGAAGUUAGAGAGGAAGGAAUUGGUAAGGGAAAUAAGAGAGAUGAGAGGAACGUCAUCAAUGUGGCUUCUUCAUCCCUUCCUGACUUCCUAUCCCUCGAUACCAAAAUCCCAUUCAACGAGAAAGAUCCUCAACUGAUGAGCUAUCAAGAUCUUAUGAAAAGAGCAUACAAGGAUUAAUUUUCAAUUUUAUAUUUA